UUACCUUUCUGGAUACUCCCAAUAACAAUUGAUCAGAACUAAAAAAUUGCUAUCCAAAAUGGUAGCGCCCAUAGUUUCUGUGAAAUAGGUUUGGACAUUUAUGUCUAGCUAUCAGUUUUGAAGUAAUUUUUAUACAAUGCCACUUAUUAUUAUAACUGGUAUACCUUGUAGUGGCAAGACAACACGGACUGCCGAAUUGAAAGAAUAUUUUAAGAAUAAGGCAGGAAAAAAUGUAGAUGUUAUCAAUGAAAUAGAUGUUGUAAUUAAAGCAGGGUAUAAUAAAAAUAUAUUUUAUGCUGAUUCUAAAAAAGAGAAAAGUGUAAGAAGCGAUAUAAAAUCUGCAGCACAACGAAUGCUAAAUACAAACAAUGUAUUAAUAAUCGACGGAAGUAAUUAUAUCAAGGGAUAUCGUUAUGAGAUUUACUGUAUGACGAAAUUGUAUAAAACUCCUCAAUGUACAAUACAUUGUGAUAUACCAGUUGAACAUGCAUGGUUGUGGAAUGAAAGACGACCAGAAUGUGAGCAGUAUGAUAGAGAAAUUUUUGAUGCUCUUGUAAUGAGGUACGAAACACCAGACAGUAAAAAUCGUUGGGAUGCACCAUUAUUUGCACUCUCUGCAGAAGAUGAAUUACAAUUUGAUGAAAUUUAUAGAUCGCUAUAUGAGGUGAAAGCACCAAAACCAAAUUUAAGUACUCAAUGUCCACCACUAUCAUCUACAAAUUAUUUGUAUGAAUUGGAUUCUGUAACACAAGAAGUUGUCAAUGCAAUACUAUCAGCUAAAAAAUUGGGUAUUGAAAGCGAAUUUAAGAUACCUGGCUAUAACUUAACAGUACAGAACCCAUGUACAGCAUCACAACUUAUGAGAUUACGCAGACAAUUUCUAACCUAUAGUAAAAUGCAACAAAUUGAAGUUAAUCAAAUUGCAACAUUAUUUGUACAGUAUCUUAAUAAAAGUUUGUAAGAAU